AUGGCCGACCCACACUUUUCACGCUCCGCGAGCACCUCUGUGAGGUCUGCCGUCACCCCUACCGCCUUGGACGAUGUCCAGCCGUUUCGCCAGUCUCCCUCCCCGCCACCCACAGCGUCAACCCCGAUCAACGGCUCAGUACCGGCAGCACUCGGUGCUCCAACAGAGUCGCCCCCUCAAACAACUGACUCGGCCCACAGUAAUCCCACCGCUCCAGACGCCCCCGCACCUUCGGCAAUGUCGGUUGGCACCAACGCCCAAAAGGCAGACUUAUUGCCCAAGGCCGAUCGCUCCUCUCCCAAAGCAAACUGGGAAAAGCAGCCGCGCUGGAUCCAGCAUCUGAAUCGCCUCUCUGCCAUCAAGCUUCCCGUCAAGCUCUUUUCUCGCCGCCCGCUGCGCCUCCACCAGACCGUCGUGAGCCCCGAAUACCUUCACGAUCCACUGCACAAGGAAUACAUUUUCCACGAGCACGCUGAAGUUUCAGCCGGAGAGCUCUUCUACGAUCUCGUUUUCGUUGCGACUCGCUUCCACAUUGGCACGCCGUAUUCAAUUUUGGUCUUCCUCAUCAUGCUUGGCACGCUCGGCCACGCUAUUCAUGCCGUCAAUCAAACGGAAGACGAUCUCGAAACGGGCUUUGGCAAGAACGACGACCUCAUCUUUGGCUCCCUGCUCCUAACGCGCAUCUGCUUCCUUUUCAUCUAUAUAUUCAUCUAUGCCAAGAUUGAUCUUGCCCGCCCCAUGCUCAAGAAGUAUUCCUUGUUCUUCUUCUUGUCCUCGAUCCUAUUGAUCGUGGCCACUGCUGUGCCAGAUACCGAAACAGCCUUUGCUUGCUGGAUUCUGAUGCUGGCAGUGGAGAUUUUCAUGUAUCCCAUCACUCUGCUGACGACGCCGCACGACUACCAGCUAACGGUGAACACGGCGCAUCUGCUCGAGCGCAACCAGCUUUGGGUCAUCCUCAUUCUCGGCGAGUCGAUCAUCUCCAUCGCCACUGCGCAACACACGCGGGACCUAGAGUACUACGUCGUUGCCAUCGGCUCUUUCCUUAUUGCCUAUUGGCUGAUGCGUUUUCACAACUACUCUCAGCACUUGUUCGACGAGCGAGCCGAGGAACACGCGCUCGAUCACAGUCCUUGGAUGGGGUUCAUCUUCGACUUGCUUCAGCUCAUUAUUACGAGUGGCAUGCUAAUCAUGGCCGUGGGCAUCAAGUUUGCCAUUACAUACAACGGCAAAAAUGCUUACGGUUACCACCAAGAAUACGCCUGGACCUUGACAGUGUCUCUCGGUGUGACGCUGAUUACCAUGAACUUAUCCCGGGUUUGCCACAAGCUGCGUCCGUUAAAGGUCUGCGGCAAAGAAACUGGUCGUUAUACCGUCAUUGGCAUCGAGCUGGUCUUGAGCAUGGCCGUGAUUCCUCUAGCAGCGCUUAUUGAAGAUGCACACAAGGUGUAUGAAAUCAACGCGACCACUGGCGAGGAGGAGUAUUACUAUGAGGGAGGCUCGGUGUUUCAGGCCGUCCACCUUAUUUUGGUCCUAACAGGUUCGAGUUGUGGACUUGAUGUCUCUCUCUCUUGUGUGUGUGUGUGUGUGUGUGUGUGUGUGUGUGUGUGUGUGUGUGUGCGCGCGCGCGUGUUAAGGAUCAUUGUCGGUUUGCUGCUGCUGCUCGAGACACGUGUCAAGGCGGCAGACGACGACCAAGCUCUUCGCGAGGAUUUCCAACAGUCCAAGGCAACACAAACCGAGCUAACCUCGUUCUCCAACCUCGAACGGCGCCAAGCGCAAGCACUUGCCGUGCGUCGCCAACGCGAGCAGGAACAUGCAGACAGUCACCAUCAUUGGUACAACUUUUGGCGUCACCACCAUCGCGAUCACUCGCCGUCGAGUCCUGGCGUACACAGCCAUCGCUUUCGUUUCUUCAAUCGAAGCCGGGGUAAUCUAUCCCUAUCACACGACACCGACUUGGCCAGCCCCGAGUCUGGUUACGGACGGCAAAGCAGCAUCACGCACCGUUCCGCGUCUGAUUUGCAAGAUGCAAGCAUGCGCUCGCAGCCUCGAAAACGCAGCGGUCUGCGCUCCUCUGCGUCCAUGCCAUCCUUCCAGCCCGAGGAGCCAGAAACUCCAAAGGGUGAUAAGCCCAAACAGCUGGGCUUUUAUGCUGGGGCAGAGAGCACCACCUCGCUGGAUCAGGCGUCAAGUACCGAGGAUCUGCAUUUGCAGCUCGGUCAGGCCGAGGGUGGACCGGGCUUCGGCCGCUCUCGCAAGCCACGCACUUCCCUCAUUCCGCGUCUCAGCAGUGUCUCCGAGAGCAUGCACGAGGAUCCUGAACAGCUUUCCACGCGUGGCAAGAUGGCCGUGCCACCUCGUCGGGCCAUGUCGCUCGGCACGACUGAGCGCGAGCGCUCGCAAUCCGCCGUGUCAGCCAUGCAGCGCAUUCGUCGCCAACGCGCGCAAGUUGAGCGACUGCCGUCGGUGGGGUCGGGUGAACUGACGCGCAACGAUCACAGUAGCGCAUCCCUUCGACGAUUUAGCCUCUUUCAUCGAAGCAAUCAUCCCUCCACGGACAAUUUCCUGCAGGAAAUGGAGGACGAAGUCUUUUACAUUGCGGAGGAAGGUCCCGAUCCAGUUGGUGGUCCCGCCCCCACCAACAAGACCGAGCUCGCCCUCAACGGCGAAUCAUUCGACGGAGUUUUCAUUGACAUCCAGGUGCACGACCAGGACCAGCCACAAGCGGCGCAUGAAGCAACGUUGCGUAGCAGCAGCGAAGCAUAG